ACGAGACAGUCCUUUCCUGUCACUUUGAGGCUGCUCGGAAGAGCUCUGGGCGUUUUCAGCAGAGGUUUCAAAACCUCCCUCCACUCGCAGUUUAAAUCCAGAGGGCAAACCUCUGAGGUGUUAUUGUCCUGGGUGAAGGAGCAGAGACGCAGCGAUGGAGUUCCUCUCUGUGUUUGUCACCGCUGCUUUGGUCUGUGCUGUCAGUGCUGGGAUCCCUCAUCAUGGAAUACACUGGACAUACACAGAGGGAGAUUUGGACCAGAUGCACUGGCCAACCAAAUACCCUGCCUGUGGCGGUAAGAAGCAGUCCCCAAUAGACAUCCAGAGGCGCAGCGUGAGGUACAAUCCAGACAUGUUGCAGCUGGAGCUCAGCAAAUAUGAUGCUCUGAUGGGAAAUUACCUGAUGUCCAAUAACGGGCACUCCGUUCAAAUUGACCUGCCUCCCACUAUGGUGAUCACCAAGGGCCUCCCAGGAAAAUACACAGCUGUGCAGAUGCACCUCCACUGGGGCGGCUGGGACCUGGAGGCCAGUGGAGCGGAGCACACCAUAGACGGCAUACGUUACAUGGCAGAGCUCCAUGUUGUCCAUUACAAUUCUGACAAGUACAAGAGCUUUACUGAAGCCAGAGAUAAGCCAGACGGGCUGGCAGUACUCGCCUUUUUCUAUGAUGACGGGCAUUUUGAGAACACCUACUACAGUGAUUUCAUCUCUAAUCUGGACAGAAUCAAAUAUACAGGCCAGUCUAUGAACAUAUCGAGCAUCGAUGUGCGCUCGAUGUUGCCGGAGAACCUCAACCACUUCUUCAGAUACCAGGGUUCCCUCACCACGCCGCCCUGCUACGAGAGCAUCCUCUGGACUGUGUUUGAUACUCCCAUCACUCUCUCACAUAACCAGAUCAGGAAACUGGAGAGUACUCUGAUGGACAUUGACAACAAGACUCUGUGGAAUGACUAUCGCAUUGCGCAGCCUCUCAACAGUCGUGUGGUGGAGUCUUCUUUCCUGCCGCGCCUCGGGAAAGGAACAUUUUGUCGGCAAGAUGAGAUUGAAUCCAAGCUCCUGAGGAUCGAGGGUCUGAUAACAUCUCUUGGCAAGCAUAUGUAUUCAGGUGGACUUCGCAACCCGAGGCCGAUCACAUAUGAACCUCGUGCACUGUUUCCUCUGGUGCUCAACUUCCAGGAGAAAAAUUCUGGAAGUUAUGCUUUGGCCAGCCUCGGCCAUUCAAUGGAGCUGAACUCUUUCACGGUCUGCAUGCACGUCCAGCCUCAGCUCGAGGGGGUCCACACCGUCAUCUCCUACGCCAGUAAUGGCAACGACAACGAGCUUAUGAUCUCCAUUGGUGAGGACAGAGAUGCCAAAGAGAUAGGCCUCUGGAUUGGCAACGAGUUCGUCAACCUGCCGCACAACUUCAAGUCCCAAAAAUGGGCCAACUACUGCAUCACCUGGUCGUCCCACAGCGGCGGCGUGGAGCUGUGGAUCAAUGGCAUGGUGGGGGAGCAGCGGUACCUGAAAAGCGGUUACACAAUCAGCCCUGGCGGUGUGUUCAUCGUGGGCAAAGACCAGGAUGGAUUACUGGGCAUCUCCAAUGCAGAUGCCUUUGUGGGUAAGAUGACUGACGUCAACGUGUGGGACUAUGUGCUGACCACCGCAGAUAUCCGGGACCAGAUGUCCUGUGAGAGAAACAGCACCUCGAUGGGAAAUGUCUUCAGCUGGGGAACCACCAAACUCAGUCUGUUUGGAGGCGUGCAGCUGGACAGUCAGUACAGAUGCUCCUGAGCAGCUUCUGUCUGCAUGAGCUUUAACAUUCUGCAAUAAACGAAAAUAUAACUGCCGAUGGUGGGGAUUUAAAAUGUGUAUGACAUGUAAUGAAGGAUAUUUCUUUCAGACACCUAUAAGUCAAUAUUUAAUGCAAAUGCUAUCUUGUAGCUUCAGCCAUGUAUUGUAUUCAUAUUUUUGCAUUAUCAAUAAAAUCUUACAAGUGA